GAGCCGGCGGAGUUACCGCUGCCUGUGUUACUAUGCGUGUGUCUUAUGUUACAGCCAUGCUGCACAUCGACGGCCAGAGCGAGGGGCGCGGGGAGGAAAAGGCUGUUUACACAGACUGCAAACCGCCCGGGGAAUAGUGCGGGAGAGGAAGUGAGCCGGGCCGCUGUCUGACUGCCCCGGCUUCCUGCUCGCUCCCUCACACGGGCAGGCGCUCACACACACACACACACACACACACACACACGCACCGGCCCAAGGGACAAAAAAAAGAGAGAGAGAAAAAAGGGGAAAAAAUCAGGAUCUCAUUACUAGAACAACAGAGCGUCUGCAGAAGACUGUCAGCAUGGAGAACCGGGGGAUUUUACCCAGCUCCCUCUAAACUACCAGGAGAGAGCGGAAAAGUCCCUCAGCCGCUGGGUAUGGAGAGUGCAAUCACACUGUGGCAGUUCCUUUUGCAGUUGCUGCUAGACCAGAAACAUGAGCACCUGAUUUGCUGGACGUCUAAUGAUGGCGAAUUCAAGCUACUCAAGGCAGAAGAAGUGGCUAAGCUGUGGGGACUCAGAAAAAACAAAACUAAUAUGAAUUAUGACAAGCUGAGCCGAGCGCUCAGAUACUAUUAUGACAAGAACAUCAUCAAGAAAGUGAUCGGACAAAAAUUUGUAUACAAGUUUGUCUCCUUUCCUGAGAUUUUAAAAAUGGAUCCACAUGCUGUGGAAAUCAGCAGAGAGAGCCUUUUGCUGCAGGACAGCGACUGUAAUAUGCCUUCUGAGAGCAGGGAUCAGCACAAGCACAGCUUGUCAGCACUGAAAAGCACAAGCCGUAAUGAAUAUAUCCACUCUGGCCUGUACUCCUCUUUCACUAUCAACUCUCUGCAGAACCAGCCAGACCCUUACAAGCCAAUCAAAACAGAAAAACUGGAGGAGAAGUCAGAAGGAAACAUACCAGUCGAAGAAGUUCGGACUGUUAUCAGAUUUGUGACAAACAAAACAGACAAACAAGUUACGAGGCCUGUGGUGUCAUUGCCUUCUACUUCUGAAACAGCAGCUGCCUCUGCUUUCCUCAGCUCUUCAGUAUCAGCUAAAAUAUCUUCCUUAAUGCUACCCAACAGUGCCAGCAUUUCAUCUCCAUCAUCAUCUUCCUCCAGAUCGCCUUCUCUGUCUCCCACCUCACCCCUCCCUGCAGAACACAGGAGCUUCUUCCUUGAGUCCAGUUGCCACGACUCAGAUUCCCUUGAGCCUCUGAACCUCUCCUCAGGCUCCAAGGCAAAAUCUUCAUCUCUUCCCCCAAAGGCUAAAAAACCCAAAGGCUUGGAAAUUUCUGCCCCACCUAUGGUUCUCUCCAGCACCGACAUCGGUUCCAUCGCCCUCAACAGCCCUGCGCUUCCUUCGGGAUCCCUGACUCCAGCUUUCUUCACUGCACAGACCCCCAAUGGAUUAUUGCUGACCCCCAGCCCGCUGCUGUCUAGCAUUCAUUUCUGGAGCAGCCUCAGUCCUGUUGCUCCUCUGAGUCCUGCCAGGCUGCAGGGACCAAACACUCUCUUCCAGUUUCCAACUCUGCUAAAUGGUCACAUACCAGUGCCACUCCCCAGUCUGGACAGAGCCUCUUCACCAGUACUGCUUUCUCCAAACGCUCAGAAAUCCUGAUGAUGCCUCAUCGUGCCAAGGACGUACUGGUGGAUUUAACACUUCAUUCCUAUGGGCUAGUUUUUCCUGUGUUAUGAGAAGGACAUUGUGAAACCCUUUAUUACUUCGGUUUGCACUUUUCAUUACAUGGAUAAUCUACUUUUAUUAUGUUAGCAUUUUUCAACAGUGUUUAUAUAUAAAAGUAUAUAUAAAUCUGUUAUGCAUUAAAUGAAUUAUAAUUUUUUUAUAUCAUAGCUCUCAAGUGUUGAACACUUCUGUUGUUGAAGUACUUUUCUUAAUGUUUUGCAACAAUGUAUCUAAUAGGGAUGUGAAGCUUCUUUUUAAUCCCUUUUCCUGCAUAUUAUGCAUUGUGCUUGUGUAAACUAUAACCGGCUGUGCCUUCUUUUGCAUAAAGUCAUGUAAAUGAUUUAUAUAUUUUCUAGUAUUAAGAUAAAAAGUUGAAAGAAAAAAACUAGUAUUGAACAGCCCUAUGAUAGUAUUUCAGUAUUUUCUCCAUGGAUAGGCCAUAUGAUGCAGUGUAUUAAUGUAACUUUGUAUUAAGUGCUUUCAAAUUGUAUAAAAAUAGCCUUAUAAUUUUUGUUUGCUGAAGAAAUGAAAAACGUAAUCCAUGUUACAGUCAGGAGAUGUAGUUAGGAGUAACAAAGCCACAUUUAUGCCCAGGUUCUUCUGGCGAGUUGCAACAGGGAAGAACUGGGCUGUGUACGUUCGAGACAUUUCCAGCAUUUGAGAAUACUUCUGUAGAAAAGGAGACAUUGCUCAAAAUUUAUCUGGCCUAUACUUCUUAUGAACUGUCAACAGUACAGCUGGAAAGACUGCAGGUAACCUCUGUCCUCCUAGGGAAUGAGGAUCAUUCCUGAUAGAGAAUUUCCAGGUGCUUUGUUCAGCCAUGCCAAGUGCCUUCUACUACUUACCUGGAAAGAUUAUUGUAGCUACUCAAGCUCAGAAGGUCACAUUUCCCCUUCCCCCAAAGCUGGAAAAGUUACAGGUCUGUAAAUUAAUGCCUGGUGCUUGCAAAGAGGCAGAGACUGUACAUGUGGGAUGUUUAUGUAUAAACAGCUGAAUUCUGGAUGAAAAAACAGCACUGUGUUACUAUAUAUUUGUAACUUGAACUUUCUGGGUAUGUUCUCUGCCUUGAGGUGAUGGCUUAGUCAUCUAAAUGUCAGGUUAGGAUUAGGCCAGACUCCCUGGCACCACAGAUUCUAAUCUUGGCAGGGCUGAUGCAAAUCUUCAUUUUUCUGAGGUGGCUAAAUUGGGCUGAAUGCAGCUUUACCUUGUAGGUUUUUCAGAUGAGACCUUCAAAAACCAAACCAAAAUCAGAAUCCCGUUUGCGACAGGUCAUUAGAGCCUCUACUUUGCUUUCUGGCCAAAAGACCGUUCUUUUUGAAAUGUAUGCAGUGAGUUUGCUGAUUUUCUGCUUGGAUGCAUUUCAGUGAUGAUGUGUGUAGUUAAUUGUAAAGUGCUUUUGGAUCCUUCAACCUGAAAGGUGCUAAAUAAACAUUUUAUUAAUGCA